AUGGCAGACAUUGAAAGACCUGCAAAUCCACGGUCGUUGACCUGGCGAACGCGCACAACGUCAACAUCACGGCCGCGGAGACCCAGCACAACGCAACUGCAACGCAUUUACUCGGCUCAUCAUCUGGAUGACCAAUCAGUCUAUCAUGAACAUGGAUACCACCACGGCAAGGAUGAGGUUGAACCACCUGCACGCGAGCUGGAUUCAAACGGGUCGGGCUCAUCGUUAGAGGAAGAGAAGCAAGAUGAUCAGGACGCAGAAAACGCCGUAGAUGAAGGAGGAGAUCGGAUCUCACGCGACCGAGACGUCGAAGCUGCUGCGGCCCAGUUGGAGAAACAGACGACUGCGAGAUCACAAAAGGAUCCGGAUUUAGUCACGUGGGAUGGACCAGACGAUCCAGCUAAUCCCAAGAAUUGGUCGACGAAGCAGAAAUGGGCCGCUACAGUCAUCGUAUCCUCGUUCACUUUUAUCUCCCCGGUAUCUUCUUCGAUGGUUGCGCCCGCACUCACGACCAUUGCGCAAGAUCUUGGCAUCACCCAGGAGGUGGAGGCCGCCCUCGUACUGUCGAUAUUCGUUCUGGCAUACGCCAUCGGCCCGUUGUUCCUAGGCCCGCUCUCCGAGAUUUAUGGCAGGGUACCAGUUCUACAGCUAGCGAACCUCUUCUUCCUAUGCUGGAACCUUGGCUGCGGCUUCGCCCAGACAAAAGGCCAGAUGCUAGCUUUCCGCUUUCUAAGCGGGCUCGGCGGCAGCGCUCCUCUAGCCAUUGGUGGCGGUGUUCUCAGCGACUGUUGGAGACCCGAAGAGAGGGGCAAAUCUAUUAGCAUCUACAGUCUGGCUCCACUCCUUGGUCCGGCGAUCGGUCCGAUUGCAGGAGGUUUCAUCACCGAGAACACCACAUGGCGCUGGGCGUUUUGGGCUGUCUCCAUCGCGGACGCAGUCAUCCAGGUUGCAGGCAUCUUCUUCCUGCAGGAGACCUACGCUCCAAAACUGCUGAAGAACAAAGCCGACAAGCUGCGGAAAGAGACUGGCAACACCGCUCUACACACCGAGUUCGAAUCACCAGACAAGACUCUCUCCAAAGUCAUCCGGACCUCCCUUGUGCGGCCCUUCAAGCUCCUCGGCACCCAGCCAAUCGUCCAAGUCCUCGCACUCUACAUGGCCUAUCUCUACGGCCUCAUGUACCUCGUCCUCUCCACCUUCCCGAGCCUUUGGACAGGCCAGUACGGCCAAAGCAUCGCCAUGGGCGGGCUGAACUACAUAUCUCUCGGGCUGGGCUUCUUCCUCGGCACGCAAAUCUGUGCGCCCAUCAACGAUCGCAUCUACCGCAAGCUGAAGAAGCGGAACCAGGGCGUCGGAAAGCCCGAGUUCCGCGUGCCGCUGAUGAUACCGGGCAGCUUCCUCGUGCCCGUCGGCCUGUUCUGGUACGGCUGGUCUGCGCAGGCGCAAACCCACUGGAUCAUGCCGAACAUCGGGGCCGCGAUCUUUGCGGCGGGCACCAUUAUUGGGUUUCAGUGCAUCCAGACGUACAUUGUCGACUCGUACUCUAGGUUUGCGGCUUCGGCUGUUGGUGCGGCGACGGUGUUGAGGUCGUUGGCCGGGUUUGGCUUUCCGCUGUUUGCGCCUUACAUGUAUAGCGCUUUGGGUUAUGGUUGGGGUAAUUCGCUGCUAGGGUUCAUCGCUAUUGUGCUUGGGUUGCCGGCGCCGUUCUUGCUGUGGAAGUUUGGGCCGAAGUUGAGAGCGAGGAGUAAGUUUGCCGCGGGAUAG